AUGCUGCAUUGGAAGUUUCUGAGUGUGGCAGGGAAGGUUCCCAGGACUGUUGAAGGCCGAGAAAUGGACUUGCCAAUGGCAGAGAGCCCCAAGAUGGGCACUGGCCAUGGAUCAAGGGCCUCCAAUCUCGAUCGUCGGAUCCGAGAGGACUGGGAUGGCCAUGCGUGCACAAAUGGCAACAUGUUUGAGAUGAAAAUUGGUGACGUGUGGGAGGGUGGUGCACUGAAGACACGCGUAAUGUCGUUGGAGAAUCUCAAGAAAAUGCUCAUCCACAGGAGGCAGGGCGAGGGAUGGGAAGCUGAGCUGGAAAAGGCCUUUAGAGUUGAGAAAUUCCCUGCUGACGGUGUGGAGAUCGAGUACGCUGGUAUGAUGAAGGCUGCUGUGGUUGAAGGAGGGUCCAGUGCCACACCUGUGGAGUUGGAGUUUGGUAAAGACGCGCAGCAAAACUAUAUCUUCAGUGCUGCCCCUAAGGAGUGGCACCAGUUUGCAAACAGAGAUAGGGCAGAGAGGAUGUUUGCAUGGGCAUUGAAGAAGUGCAACCAAGACAGGCUGCUGAACAGAGGCAUGUUCAUGGUGGUGGAAGUGCUCACUGCCUCAAGGAUUGUAUUCCUGAGGGCACAGAGCUCGGGCAGAGUGACCGUCCUGAAGACAGAUAUCAAAGGCGUGAGGAGUGUGGAUGGCCCCGAUGAUUUGUGCAGCCUGCGAUUCGCCCAGGUGGAGGGGAUGCUUCAGUUCAGGUCCCCGACAGUGGAGAUGCAGAGGGUGGUGCGGGCACAAGAGGGCGCGUGCAUAGUGAAAGUGAAAAACAACAGGAGGCUGCGUGCCAGCAGGAACUUUGACAAGCCUGGGUUCUUUUGA